AAUAAAUGGCCACACUAUAAUGUAGUUGUAAGCAGAUGUAAUUGUUUAAUGUAUUUGUCAACAGCAAUCAUCCUCCUGUUUUGUUAUAGCUGCUCAUAAAUACAUUAUAGUGUGUUAUAAACCAUUUAUUGAAUGUUUAUAUACUGUUUAUAAAUGCCAAAUAGUGUAACUUAAAGUGUUCAUCCUUCCAACGGAGCAGAUUUUGGGCUUGACCACAAAAUAAAUGUAUUUUAACAAAAUAUGUCACCAUUUACAACAUAAUCAUAAUUAUAAUCCAUCAAAACAAAAAAAGCUUAUCCACAGUGACAUGAAAUGAUUCCUCACCCAUUCCAUUAAAGUAUUAUCACAAGGACAAUAUUUUACUCAGGCUAUACCAAAUGAUAUGAAAGACACAGAAACAAAUUUAGUCUAAAAGAGAAUGAACACAAGUAAGAGCACGUGCCCAAAACUAAACCAAAUAGGUGAAAGACGGAAAAAAAAAAAUUAGGCUUGUGACGAGGUUUGACUUCCUGUGAUGCAACCAGUGAUAAGUAAAACCUCAGUUCCAUCUUUCAUUCACUGUCUGAGACAUCAACAGAACCAGGGCAGCCCCCAAGACUGAUACUCAUAUCCAUGGAGACAUGACGUGUCCGCAGCUCCUGUUUGUGUGUUGGUUCUCCAGCGUCCUUGCAGUGACCUACUGCAUGACAGUUGAUGGAUAUUCAUGUACGUGUGACUAUUGGCGCACAGUUACUUGCAUCUUGAACAUCACUGCUAAUCCUGUCGGACAGUCCAACACCACCUAUCACCUGGAAUUCAAACCAAGCUUGGGGCACUGUGAGAAUUGUCUGGCCAUAAAUCACAGUUACAGCUGUGUCUGUAAAAGCAGCCCUCAGUCAUAUUUUAUCUCUGAAGAUUCCUAUGACAUAGACCUUUGUCAUGAAUCUGGCUGUAAGAAAUUGGCAGAGGGUUUUAUGCCAGCACAGAACAUUCAGCUGACACCCCCAUAUCAAGCUGAUGUCCAACAAACACCAGAGACUUUCAACAUCACUUGGAAAAGUGGGUAUGAAGACCUAUUGUUUCUCCGCAAUGACCUUGAAUACAGUCUCCUACUUCAAACAUCUCAAGACAGCAAAGAACUUCAUUCUAAAGAAAGGUCUGAGUUGAUUCAAAAAUCACAACUCAUACCAGGUGCUACAUAUUGCAUUAAAGUGAGAUCUAAACCUAGUCCUAAAGAUUAUAAUUGGAUCUGGAGUAAAUGGAGUCCACAAACAUGCUGGGAAACUGAAGCAAGAGAAGAACAAGAAAAUAUAUUUGUCAUUUUGACCCAAUCUCUGGGCCCAGUGUGUGUGGUUGUUGGAGUCCUGCUGUUUGUAUUCUCCAAUCCUGCUGCAAGAAUGAAGAUAAAAACAUUGUCCCACACACCAUCACCAGCUCCUUUCUUCCAGCCUCUAUUCAAACAACAUGAAGGCAACCUCCAGGAAUGGCUCUCACCUCAAGGCCAAUUUGUACUAACAUAUAAAACUGAGGAGAUCUUAACAAACGCUGUUGUGACGGUUGUACCAAAACCCAUCACAAAGGACCCAGAAGAGAACCAGGACUUCCACAACAACCCCACAGUAACACGACUGGCCUUCACUCAGUGUCAAAACUCCUAUGUAGGCUUACCUGGGGUGCAUGAGGCCUCCCCUCCUUUAACUGUGGUCUGUGCAGGAAACACUUCUUACACUCAGCUCCCUUGCCCCAUGUGGGGGUUUGGUAUUGGAGAAGUAGAAGCUGUUGUCUCCUCUCCACCUAACGAUUUCUUAGAAAUCAGCUGUGCCGACUCUGGUUGCAGCUGCGAGGAUCUGACCCAAAUCUCUGAGUGUAGUUUACCAAACAGUCCAGUUGAUCACAAUCCACCACCAUCUAGUGAUUACUGUAUCCUCAACAAAACAGCAGAAGGUGUUGUUCCUGUUUUAGUAUCCAAAAAAAACAGCCCAAAUGUUCCAUCUGAUUUGCCACAAGAGGAUGACAGCGUAAAAUCUGAAUGAUUGUAGGAGAAAGGUGACACUGAUUGUAAUGGCUGUAAAUUGCAUUUCAGGAAUGGGUCAAAUGGGUUUACAUGCACACACACAUUAUUGUAUUCUGCUAUGUGUUCUAGAUAGCACUUCUUACUAAGCAAGUGCAGGUUUUGUGUGGUUUUAUGGCUUGAAUUCCCUACAACAUCUAUGAACCUCAUGAAUGUCUUUUUGUAAAGCAAAAAAUAAACACAGCACAGUUCAGCACAUGUGGUAGGCUUCUGCUUUGGCUAGCAUGAAUAUGUUGCACUUGAUGCCUUUGCCAUAUUGACUGUAAACUAUGGUGACAUGUAAAUGUGUGUGAAUUUCAAAUCAGCUUUCAAUGAUAUAUUUUUUUUUAAUUAGUCAAGUCCAGCUUAUUAUUUUGCCUUGUUUACACAAUGUGUUUAUUUGCUUUCACUUUUUAAUGAAUAAUAAGUAAUUAAAGGGGCAUUAAGUAAUCUCAAAAUGGUUUGUAAUGGUUUUAGGGAGAUGUUUAUAUCUUUGCUGGACCAUUGUCCAUCACUGAAUUGUUGAAUUGUGUAGUGGAAACUAUAGACAUAUUGCCUAUAGGUGAGGCCAGUUAGCACUGCUCCUAAAGUAAAUGGGAAGUGUCAAAUACUCAAGAUGUAUCUCCCCACAAGGAUCAA